UUCACAAGUGUAUACAAUGAUACGUUAUUACAAAUCUUACCUAAUCACGAACCCUUAUUAGUUAACCUACAUAUUCCCUUUCUGCAAUUUAAAAAUGAAAAAAAAGUCAUCCACAAGUAACCAAAUCACCACAAAAGAACGUGUAUAUAUAUAUACAUCUCCAACCCCCACAUGACUUCAUAAAUUAAAAUUAUAACUAUGUCAAAAAUGGGAUUGAAUGUCAAAAUUCGCACGACUUUAGUUGCAAUAUUAGUAAUAGGGAAUAACUACAUGGUUUCAAGAGGAGCAAUGGCUCAAUCUAACUGCAUGAAUGCAUUUUUAAGCAUGUAUUCAUGUCUUAGCUAUGUCACUGGAUCAACACCAAGAACACCACCGUCGAGCUCUUGCUGCUCCGCCCUCUCAAGGGUGCUGCAAUCGCAGCCAAGGUGUCUUUGCACCGUUGCUAAUGGAGGUGGUUCGUCGUUAGGAAUUCAAAUUAAUCAAACUCUUGCACUUGCAUUACCUGCUGCAUGCAACCUUAAAACUCCUCCUGUUAGUAGAUGUUAUGAUGAUGGUAAUGAACCGGCAAUGUCUCCAAUCUCAAGGGUCUCUCUAGUAGGCUCGCCAGAGGGUUCAUUUUCGGACGAGACUGCGGAUCCUCCAAUGCCAGGGCUCGAGGAGAACUGGGAGUAGCAGUACGUUGCUGAGUUCUCAUCUAGGAGUUCUAAAGAAGUUUGUUACAUAAAUUAGCAAUACAUUUUAAUGUAAUGUCAUGUUAUGAUAAUUAUGUUGUGGGGUGAUUUAUAUUAGUAAUAAUUACUUGUGUACUGUUCUCCUUCAUUUCUGUACUGUCCUAGCAAUGAACUCCAAAAGUUCGAAUUUAUUUGGCACUAUUACUAUUUGUAAUUGGA